GCAGUCGCGGAGUCGAGACAUGGCCGACCCGCCGCCCCCUGCCGCCCCACAAGUCCGCGGGGAAGGGGCCUUGUCCCCUUUAUCCGGGUCGUAUCUACUCAUCGUAGUGGCCGAACCGAAAACAGACCAACACAAGGAUGUUAUCCUCAACAGGAUCUCUAAAGGGUUCCUUUCCUGGGAUGAAGAGAAAGCACACGUCGACAUCCACAAGGAACUCACAACUAUUGCCGAACUUAACCUCGAAGGAGAAGAACAGAAGGGAGGAGAAAGGUUGAUCCAGUAUGCAACAGAGAAUCUGGUCGCAGAGGUGUUGAUCCACCCCCAAGUCAACACUCUGCAACAGUGCCUCAAGAACCUCCUCUCUUCAUUCACCAAACAUAGACACAUCAUCCAUGCCGGAUAUGCCUUUGCUGGAUCUGGAUCAUGGAUGCUACAGGACGGGACUUUCUCGGUGGCUGACCUUAUCGCCGCCUUCAGCGAGUAUGAAGUCCAACGUGUCCUUCAUGCCUACGAGAACUGCAUCACCAUUGACAUUCACUGCGCCCCAGAAGGUCACUGGUCGACCAGCUACCUUGCCAAGGAAUCUUUUAGUAAACUAUGCCGAGUGACAGUCAACCCUGACGACAAGAUCGAGACCACCCCCGGGAUCUCGACUUUCGUCCAGUACCUGUCACAGUUCCUUCUCUCCACACAUAUCGAGGAGCUCCUUGAACCAUCAGACAUUGUGGGAAACAUUCGGUUCUCUCGUCCCACUCUGUACGUGUUUCCUGGUGGACAAGGUGACUCAGCUCUCUUCGGUGUCAAUGGCUUCAACAUGCUCGUGGAUGGUGGUUAUAAUUACAAAGCCUGUUUCUGGGAUUUCACAAGGCAUCUGGAUCGCCUGGAUGCCGUCCUUGUCACAAGACUCAACAGCUCGAAUCUCAUGGGUAUUACUAAUGUUGUUCGUAGAAAAGCUCUUAGUUCAGUGUAUCCACAGAUUGGACAUAUUUUCUGUAAUGUUGCUGGUAAUAUCAAAUCUCCCGAUGGUGACAAAGACAGAGACCCACUGCUUAUUAAUCUCUGGGAUGAAGGACACAUUAUGCGUGAAAAUCUCAGACAAAUUAGUUUGAAACCACAUUUGUGUUUCCGUGAUAAUGCAAUGGAACCAAUUAAUUUGUAUCACAAAGUAGGACAUGGCAAAUUAGACAUGUAUGUGAUAAAUCCCUCUAGAGACAGUAAGGAAGUUCGAGAGUUUAUGCAGAGGUGGAACAAUGAAGUGAUCGCAUCCGACAUGGGUUUAAGUACCUACAAAAUCGGUGAUAAAGUCUUUCCUUGUCCACUCACAAAUGUUACCUCCAUAUGUGCCCUCCUAAUAUGGCAACCUAAUGACCCCACAGACACAAUUACCAGAAUUCUCUUCCCCGGAAGUACUCCACAACACAAGAUCUUUGAAGGCUUAGAAAGAUUAAAGAAUUUAGAGUAUCUGAAACACACAACUUGUUCAGCGAAGUCUAUCAAGGCCGCUAUAGAAGAGCGGAAGGGUAUCAAAACUGAGGAAAGAAUUAAGAGUGAAGACAAAUUAUUAUCAGCAGACAUUAAACCUAGCAAAGCAGUCAGUCCAUCCCCUCCCACACACCGAAUCAAGAGAGAAAGAGGAGACCGCUCCAUCAGCAGGGAAGAAAGGAGAAGAAUCAAGCUGGAAAGAUCUGAGCGACAAGAGAAGGUGUUGCGAGAAGCCAGAAAGGAGAAGAAAGUGGAAAGAAAGAUCGAAAAGAAGGUUAUCAAGAAAGAAGAACGGAAGGAAAAGAAGGAGGAGAAGAAGGAAGAAAAGGCUGCAACGGAACUAGAAGAGACGAAAGAGAAGACCGAAGGCAUCACCAUCGAGUCUUUAGCAGCGAUAGACGAGGCCAAGGUCAGCGAAGCCAAAUUAACGACACAAGAAAUCACCGAAACUGUCACAGGUGUUUCAGUAACCAAAGAAGCAAUUAGUGCAGUUACCGACACGAUAGAAACAAUUACAAAGAAAGAUGUAGUUGAUGCAGCUGAACGAAGAGAAAUCACGACGCAAGCUGUAGAAGUCACAACUGCUGUAACCGACUUAAAGUCUAGAAUAGAAACUACAGGAAUUACUGAAAUUAAGGAUAUACAUGAAAUAGAACCUUUAGAUGUUAAGGAAGCCUCUCUCGUCUCAGCGGAGUCUGGUGUGGUGACAGGCGAAGAGAGAGAAUCCUCUUUAGAAAUUGAAACCUUAAAAGAAAUAAAACCAAAAGAAAAACCAAAGGAGAAGAAAAUUAAGGAAACUGGGACCCCUGAGAAACCCAAAAGGUAUCGCAAACCCAAAGUUGAAUCCCGCAUUGACACAGGAGACAGAAGACCAAGACCCGAGGACAGGGCCGCACGAGUAGAGAAGAAGGUGAAGGAGAGGAAGAGUCUGGAAAGAAAAGAAAGAAAAGAACGUAAAACAGACGAAGAAAAGCAGGAGGAAGGAGAACAUGCAGAGAAGAAACCAGAGAGAAGAAUAAGAAAGAUUAAGAGACCUGAGCACAAAGUUGAAGAUGCAACCACUCCCAAGAAACCCUCUACACCAGAGCUAAAGAAACGCCCAAGAAAAUUAAUACCAACCGAAAAGAAGGAGAUUAAUGGAGAAAUAAAGCAAGUUAAACCAACAGUUCCUAGAGUACCAAGAGAAAGGAAGGUAAUUUCCAAAACUACGACUACAACUGCACGAGAAAUUACGCACAAGAAACUAGUAGAUGACAAGAACAGAGCAGCAAAGGCUGCCGAGGCCGCUAGAAAAGAACAGAAGCCAUCGCCCAAGCCAACGACAGCACCACGAACUGUUGCAAGAAAAGCUCCUGUCGGCAAAGCACCGAAGGCGAAGAAGAUCGAGAAGCCCCCUGCACCGAAAACUGACAUGGGACCAAUUAAGAGAGUUAUUACAGGUGCAGCUGUGAAGGCGGGUGUAGUAGCUGCAGCCGUCUCGGGCGUUGCUGUUGUGGAAGCAGCAGCAGACCGAGAGGAUGUAGAUGAAAUUGUUGCACCCAUGAAAGAGACAGAUAACCUCAUGCUUGCCCCUGACCAAGAUGAAGAGGAUCGAAUCUCCGAUAUUGCCAAUAUUCCAGGAGUACAAGAAAUCAAAUUAGAUGAAGACACACUACAAAUUAUUGACAAGCAACAGCUAGAGGAAGAAGAAAAAGAUUCCUUGAUACUUCACGAGGAAGGUGUUGUUGAACAUGUUGAAAAGGAAGACAUAAUCGAAGAAGUUGAAGAGCAUGUAGAAGAAGAGGCGGAGAAAGAAAUUGAGGAAAUAGAAGAAGAGGAAGAAGAGGAGGAGGAGGAGGAAGAAGAAGAGGAAGAAGAGGAGGAAGAAGAAGAAGAGGAAGAGGAAGUUGGCGAGGAAGAGGAAGAAGGUCCAGAGGAUGAAGAGAAAGUCAGCAUCACAGAGAAAGAGGAUGAAGCAGAGAAAGAAAAGAAAGAAGACAAGAUAGCAGAAGAAGCGAAAGAAAUAGAAGAUAUUGCCAAACUAGAGGAGAAACAUGAAGCAGAAGAUAUCUAUGAAAAGAUUGAGACUGAAGACCGAGAUGUUUAUGCAACUCUACCAAGCAGCGCAAAGCUCACAGAAUACAAAGAAAAAUACGAGGAAAAACCAAUCCGUGGUCUCUUUACUGGUUUCGCCAUGCCUUCGGCCGAACCACAAGAAGCUCCCCAGAAAGCGCCAAGCCCAAAGCCCAAAGAGGAAGUCGUUGUACCAACUUCCCUACCAGAAGCAAUAUUCAAACCAACUGCGCCACCGGUUCAUCCACGUGAGAUCAUAAAAACACCAGAUGAAGUGGACGAUCUACCCAUACAUGAAGAAGUCGAGUCCAUUGAACAUGAUAUUUACGAAGAGGAUAUCGAAAUGGAGAAACCAGCUGAACAAGAGCUUGAAGCAGGUUCUCCACUCCUUGAAGUAAAGGGAGAGUUACAGAUUAAAGAAGAAGUAAUUGCAGAAAAGCAUGAAAGGGAAAUAAUCAAAGAGGCAAAGAAACUACCUGAAAAAGAAUUUGAAGUGGAGGAGGAAGAUGAAAUCUCAAGAGAAGAAAAGGUCUCAAAAUCUAUUGAAGACUUUGAAGCAAAAUACGCAGAGUUCAAAGCGACUGCUGUCUCUGAAGUCAUCCAGAGAGGAGAAGUCGUUGCUGAAACAAAAGAAAUAAAGAAAAAAGUGGACAAAGUAGAACUACUGAAGGACAUUGCACAGACCCUCGAAGAAAGAGAAGAAAAGACAGUGAUUAUUGGAAAGGAAUCUUCGCCAGAGGUUUCUGAAGAAAUCGAGAUGCCUGUCGUCAAAGACAAAAAACCUGUCAAAGCAGUGACACCUUAUGAGGAACUUGACUUCGAGAAAAUCCCAGAGAAGGAAAGAAGAGUGGAAGAUGAAAAGGAUAUAGAUGAACUUGAAUUUGAGAGUAGAGAAAUCUUGGAUGUCAAGGAGAAGGAAAUUACUGAGAUGAUGGAGAAAGAUGAAGUGAGAAAGCGAGUGGAGAAAGAGGAAAUUAUUACUACCGAAGAAGUCGUAACUGAACUUGACAAGAAAGAAGCUUACAAAGCUAAGAAACUGUUCACCGAAGAACUCGUCGAAAAGGAGGAGUUCAUAACAGAGGAUAUUCUAAAGAAGGGAAAACCUGUUUCAGAAGAAAUCCUAGAAGCAGAGAAAAUUUCCCCAGAAGACACACUUUUGAAAGAGAAAGUGAUCGCGGAAGAAAUACGAGAAGAGGAAAAGACCUUACAAAAAGAAAUAUUCGAGGCGGAACAAAUCACAAAGGAAGAAGUAAAGAUAGAGGAGGUAAUAGCUAAAGAAAAACUUGAGAAGAUCACGAAGGAGGAAGUGACUGAGGAGGAGGAAGUAGUAACUAAAGACAAACUAGAAGAGAAGAUCACGAAGGAGGGAGUGACUGAGGAGGAGGAAGUAGUAACUAAAGACAAACUAGAGAAGAUCACGAAGGAGGAAGUAACCGAGGAGGAGGAAGUAGUAACUAAAGACAAACUAGAGAAGAUCACGAAGGAGGAAGUAACCGAGGAGGAGGAAGUAGUAACUAAAGACAAACUAGAGAAGAUCACGAAGGAGGAAGUAACCGAGGAGGAGGAAGUAGUAACUAAAGACAAACUAGAGAAGAUCACGAAGGAGGAAGUAACUGAGGAGGAGGAAGUAGUAACUAAAGACAAACUAGAAGAGAAGAUCACGAAGGAGGAAGUAGUAACUAAAGACAAACUUGAGAAGAUCAUGAAGGAGGAAGUAGUAACUAAAGACAAACUAGAGAAGAUCACGAAGGAGGAAGUAACUGAGGAGGAGGAAGUAGUAACUAAAGACAAACUAGAGAAGAUCACGAAGGAGGAAGUAACUGAGGAGGAGGAAGUAGUAACUAAAGACAAACUAGAGAAGAUCACGAAGGAGGAAGUAGUAACUAAAGACAAACUAGAGAAGAUCACGAAGGAGGAAGUGACUGAGGAGGAGGAAGUAGUAACUAAAGACAAACUAGAGAAGAUCACGAAGGAGGAAGUGACUGAGGAGGAGGAAGUAGUAACUAAAGACAAACUAGAGAAGAUCACGAAGGAGGAAGUAACUGAGGAGGAGGAAGUAGUAACUAAAGACAAACUAGAGAAGAUCACGAAGGAGGAAGUAGUAACUAAAGACAAACUAGAGAAGAUCACGAAGGAGGAAGUAGUAACUAAAGACAAACUAGAGAAGAUCACGAAGGAGGAAGUAACCGAGGAGGAGGAAGUAGUAACUAAAGACAAACUAGAGAAGAUCACGAAGGAGGAAGUAACCGAGGAGGAGGAAGUAGUAACUAAAGACAAACUAGAGAAGAUCACGAAGGAGGAAGUAGUAACUAAAGACAAACUAGAGAAGAUCACGAAGGAGGAAGUGACUGAGGAGGAGGAAGUAGUAACUAAAGACAAACUAGAGAAGAUCACGAAGGAGGAAGUGACUGAGGAGGAGGAAGUAGUAACUAAAGACAAACUAGAGAAGAUCACGAAGGAGGAAGUAGUAACUAAAGACAAACUAGAGAAGAUCACGAAGGAGGAAGUGACUGAGGAGGAGGAAGUAGUAACUAAAGACAAACUAGAGAAGAUCACGAAGGAGGAAGUGACUGAGGAGGAGGAAGUAGUAACUAAAGACAAACUAGAAGAAAAGAUCACGAAGGAGGAAGAAGCUAUUGAGGAUAUCACGGUUCGCGAUAUCGUGUCGAAGGAAGAGAUUGAAACAGUUGCAAAGGAAGAAAAGGUUACCAAGGAAAAAAUUACGAAAGAAGUCACAAAGGAAGAGAAAGAGCUGGAAGAAAUUACAAAGGAAGACAUUAUUAAGAAAGACAUCACAGAGCAAGAGGAACUAAAGACAACUGCAGAAGCGAAAAUCGCAAAGGAAGACGUCGUAAAGAAAGAUGCAAUACAAGAAAUUCUAGAAGAAGUGAAGGUCACAAAAGAACUUGCAAUGAAGGAAGAUAUCAAAGAAUUUAUAGACAAAGAUAUUAUUGCCAAACAAGUCGUAGAGGAAAAGGUUGUAAAAGAAGAUUUUCCCAAGAAGGAAUUGGAAGAACAAAAGAUCACAAAGGAAGAAGUUGAAGAAAUCACCAGGGAAGAAGUUCUGAGGAAAGAUAUUCAAGAAAUCACAGAGAAAGAAAUUGAAUCGAAAAUUACUAAGGAAGAAAUCACAGAGAAAGAUUUUGAAGAAGUUUCGAAGGAAGUUGAACAGAUCACAAAGGAAGAAGUUUCAGUAAAAGAGGAAAUUAUCACAAAGAAGGAAGUUGAAGAAAAGGUCACAAAGGAGGAAGUUCCUAAGAAAGAAGUUGAAGAAAUUAUCACAAAGGAGGAAGUAUCUAAGAAAGAAGUUGAAGAGAAGAUCACAAAGGAAGAAGUUGAAGAAAUUAUCACAAAGGAGGAAGUUCCUAAGAAAGAAGUUGACGAAAAGAUCACAAAGGAGGAAGUUCCUAAGAAAGAAGUUGACGAAAAGAUCACAAAGGAGGAAGUUCCUAUGAAAGAAGUUGACGAAAAGAUCAAAAAGGAGGAAAUUGAAGAAAAGAUCACAAAGGAGGAAAUUCCUAAGAAAGAAGUUGAUGAAAAGAUCACAAAGGAGGAAGUUACAAAGAAAGAAGUUGAUGAAAAGAUCACAAAGGAAGAAGUUGAAGAGAAGAUCACAAAGGAGGAAAUUGAAGAAAAGAUCACAAAGGAGGAAGUUCCUAAGAAAGAAGUUGAAGAAAAGAUCACAAUGGAGGAAGUUCCUAAGAAAGAAGUUGACGAAAAGAUCACAAAGGAGGAAGUUCCUGAGAAAGAAGUUGCCGAAAAGAUCACAAAGGAGGAAGUUGAAGAAAAGGUCACAAAGGAGGAAGUUCCUAAGAAAGAAGUUGACGAAAAGAUCACAAAGGAGGAAGUUACAAAGAAAGAAGUUGAAGAAAUUAUCACAAAGGAGGAAGUUGAAGAAAAGGUCACAAAGGAGGAAGUUCCUAAGAAAGAAGUUGACGAAAAGAUCACAAAGGAAGAAGUUGAAGAAAAGAUCACAAAGGAAGAAGUUACUAAGAAAGAAGUUGACGUAAAGAUCACAAAGGAAGAAGUUGAAGAGAAGAUCACAAAGGAGGAAGUUCCUAAGAAAGACGUUGAGGAAAAGAUCACAAAGGAGGAAGUUCCUAAGAAAGACGUUGAGGAAAAGAUCACAAAGGAGGAAGUUCCUAAGAAAGACGUUGAGGAAAAGAUCACAAAGGAGGAAGUUCCUAAGAAAGACGUUGAGGAAAAGAUCACAAAGGAAGAAGUUGAAGAAAAGAUCACAAAGGAAGAAGUUGAAGAAAAGAUCACAAAGGAAGAAGUUACUAAGAAAGAAGUUGACGAAAAGAUCACAAAGGAAGAAGUUGAAGAAAAGAUCACAAAGGAAGAAGUUACUAAGAAAGAAGUUGACGAAAAGAUCACAAAGGAAGAAGUUGAAGAAAAGAUCACAAAGGAAGAAGUUACUAAGAAAGAAGUUGACGUAAAGAUCACAAAGGAAGAAGUUGAAGAAAAGAUCACAAAGGAGGAAGUUCCUAAGAAAGACGUUGAGGAAAAGAUCACAAAGGAGGAAGUUCCUGAGAAAGAAGAAAAAAUCAUUAAGGAGGAAGUUCCUGAGAAAGAAGAAAAAAUCAUUAAGGAGGAAAUCCCUAAGAAAGACGUUGAUGAAAAGGUUGGAGACGAAGAAGUUCCAAAGGAAGAAAUUGUCACAAAGGAUGCAGUUCCUAUGAAAGAAGUUGAAGAAAAGAUCACAACGGAAGAACUUCCAAAGAAGGAAGUCGAAGAAAUUAUUACAGAAGUCCCAAAGAUUGAAGAAGUUAUCAAAAAAGAAGUUCCUAAGAAAGAAGUUGAAAAGGUCACAAAGGAAGAAGUUGAAGAAAAGAUCACAAAGGAAGAAAUUAAAGAAGAAACUAUCACGAAAGAAGAAAUUUUGAUGAAAGAAGUGGAAGAAGAAAAGAUCACUAAGGAAGUUCUGCAGAAAGCCACUGCAGGGGAAAUCAUUUCUGAAGAAGUCGUUAAAGAAAUUUUGAAGAAGGAAGAGAAGGUAGUUACAGAAACCGUAGAAGAAAUUACAAAGGAGGAAAUUUCUGUGAAAGAAACCGUCUCAAAGACUGUGGAAGAGGAAACGAAGCUCUCGGUGAAGGAAGACGCCGAGGAAGAAAAGAUUUCAAAGGAAGAAAUAUCCAUAACGGAAAUUGUUGAAAAAGAGAGGAUUUCGAAGGAGGUUACUGAGGAAGAAAAAAUCUCAAAGGUCGAAAUUACCGAAGACAUUUUAUGGGCGCAAGAAAAAAUAGAUUUUGCAAAAGAAAAGGCGAUAUCUGACACAGAAAUUGUGGAAGACCUAACAAAAGAGGAAAUAGCCAAACAAGAAGUGUUGAGGAAAGAAGAAAAGGAAGUUCAAGAGAUAGUGAAAGCAACGACCACAAAGGAAGAAGUAUCAAAGACAGAGAGUAUAGAAGAAAUAGUUACCAAAGAAGAAGUGUCAAAAGCAAUAACCGUAACUGCUGAGAUGGUGGCAAAGGAGGGACAAACAGAAGAGAAGUUGAUAACGGAUGAAGUCACGAAAGAAAUUCUUAAGAAGGAAGACAUUGUAGAGGUAACUUCAAAAGAAGACAUUUCAGUGAAAAUGAUUAUGGAAGAAGAAAAAAUCACGAAAGAAGAAAAGGGGAAACCACUGAUUAAGGAAGAGAAGCCCUCAAAGGAAGACAUUCCUGUAUUAAAGGAAGCACCCGAAGAAAUGCCGAAAAAAGACAUUACUUUGGAUGAGACAGUGCCAAAAGAUAUCCUAAAGAAAGAUACAGUAGUCGAAGACAUUACAGAGCAAGUCUUAAAGAAGGAAGAAAUAUUUGAUGUCACAAAGGAAGUUAGGGUUGCUAAAGAGGAGGCAACAACUGAAACGGUUACUGAAGAUGUGUUUAUUGUUAAAGGGGAAAUUGCAAAGGCGACGGAGAAAACUAUAACUGAAUUCACCACAGUGGUAAGUGAAGAAGAGGAGAGAAUGCGAGGUGUGAAACGAGACCUCUCCCCAACAGAAAGUGUUGAAAGUAGCAUUAGCAGUGAUAUCAGUGGUAAGCCUCCCCCUAGUGAUGGUGUUUUACAAAUUGAAGAACAGAUUAUUAGCGACAAGGUUUCAAUAUCUUCAGCAAGUGAAGUCAGUGAGAAGGGCUUAAAGUCUGAACCAGAUACAACUGAAAAGUCAGAUAUUUUAGCGCCUACGUCUCCUACAAGUGAUGUAUCUGUUAGUGCCAAGAGUGACAUUCUUUCUAAGGACGUUUUAGGAAAAGACAUUCCAAAAGAUAUUUCAGAAGAAUACAAGGAAAAAGCUCCUGUAUCUCCAACAAGUGACGUAUCGAUCAGCACAAAGAGUGACCCCUUCAAAGAAGAAUAUAUGGAAAGGGUAACAAAGAUAAGUGACACUUCAAGUGUAAAGAGUGACAUAAGUGACAAGGAAAUUACAGGUCUAAAACUUUCAGUUGAUGUCACCAAAAAGCCAACUGAUGAAUCCUUAGCGUCUCUGUCGCCAAAGAGCGACAUCUCAGUCAGUGCAAAGAGCGAUACUAGUGCUAAAGUUCCUGAAGAAUCAACCACCGCCGAAUUGGACGGCAAAGAUGAAGCCCCUGAAUCACCUAGGAGUGAUAUUUCAGUUAGUGUCAAGGAUGAAAUAGCAAUGGAUAUUGAAAAAGUAAUUGAAAUGAGAAAAAGUAUUACAAAAGAUAUCCGAGCUACAGAAACAGCAACUGCGCCGGCAGAAAAAGCCACUGAAAAAGUUCCUAUUUCUCCUACAAGUGAUAUUUCAGUCAGUGCAGCUAGUGAUAUUAGUGCCAGAGAACUUAAGAGUGACUUAACCUCUAAAAAAGAGGAUAUCAUGAAAAUAGAUGUGACAAGCAAACCUACUGUUCAACCUUCAAUUUCUCCUGUUAGUGCUAAGAGUGAUGUGAGUUCUAGGAUAGAAGACGUUUUAGAAAUUGAUGUAUCCAAAGAAGAAACAGAAGAAGCACCUAUUUCUCCUAAAAGUGACAUCUCUGUUAGUGCUAAGAGUGAUGUUAGUUCUAAAAAGGAAGACAUAUUUGCCACUGAUGUUUCUAAGAAACCAACAGAAGAAGCACCUCUUUCUCCCAAGAGUGACAUCUCUGUUAGUGCUAAGAGUGAUGUUAGUUCUAAGAAAGAAGACAUAUUUGGUAUUGACGUAUCAAAGAAACCAACAGAAGAGGCACCUAUUUCUCCCAAGAGUGACAUCUCUGUUAGUGCUAAGAGUGAUGUUAGUUCUAAGAAAGAAGACAUAUUUGGUAUUGAUGUAUCAAAGAAACCAACAGACGAAGCACCUAUUUCUCCCAAGAGUGACAUCUCUGUUAGUGCUAAGAGUGAUGUUAGUUCUAAGAAAGAAGACAUAUUUGGUAUUGACGUAUCAAAGAAACCAACAGAAGAGGCACCUAUUUCUCCCAAGAGUGACAUCUCUGUCAGUGCUAAGAGUGAUGUUAGUUCUAAGAAGGAAGAUAUAUUUGGUAUUGACGUAUCAAAGAAACCAACCGAAGAGGCACCUAUUUCUCCUAAGAGUGACAUCUCUGUCAGUGCUAGGAGUGAUGUUAGUUCUAAGAAGGAAGACUUAUUUGCCAUCGAUGUAUCAAAGAAACCAACAGAAGAGGCGCCUAUUUCUCCCAAGAGUGACAUCUCUGUUAGUGCUAAGAGUGAUGUUAGUUCUAAGAAGGAAGACAUAUUUGCCAUUGAUGUAUCAAAGAAACCAACAGAAGAGGCACCUAUUUCUCCUAAGAGUGACAUCUCUGUCAGUGCAAAGAGUGAUGUUAGUUCUAAGAAAGAAGACAUAUUUGGUAUUGAUGUAUCAAAGAAACCAACAGACGAAGCACCUAUUUCUCCCAAGAGUGACAUCUCUGUCAGUGCUAAGAGUGAUGUUAGUUCUAAGAAAGAAGACAUAUUUGGUAUUGACGUAUCAAAGAAACCAACAGAAGAGGCACCUAUUUCUCCCAAGAGUGACAUCUCUGUCAGUGCUAAGAGUGAUGUUAGUUCUAAGAAGGAAGAUAUAUUUGGUUUUGAUGUAUCAAAGAAACCAACAGAAGAAGCUCCUAUUUCUCCCACGAGUGACAUCUCUGUUAGUGCUAAGAGUGAUGUUAGUUCUAAGAAAGAAGACAUGUUUGCCAUUGAUGUAUCAAAGAAACCAACAGAAAAGGCACCUAUUUCUCCUAAGAGUGAUGUUAGUUCUAAAAAGGAAGAUAUUCUAGAUAUUGACGUAUCAAAGAAACCAACCGAAGAGGCACCUAUUUCUCCCAAGAGUGACAUCUCUGUCAGUGCUAAGAGUGAUGUUAGUUCUAAGAAGGAAGACUUAUUUGCCAUCGAUGUAUCAAAGAAAUCAACAGAAGAGGCGCCUAUUUCACCCAAGAGUGACAUCUCUGUUAGUGCUAAGAGUGAUGUUAGUUCUAAGAAGGAAGACAUAUUUGCCAUUGAUGUAUCAAAGAAACCAACAGAAGAGGAACCUAUUUCUCCUAAGAGUGACAUCUCUGUCAGUGCAAAGAGUGAUGUUAGUUCUAAGAAAGAAGACAUAUUUGGUAUUGACGUAUCAAAGAAACCAACAGAAGAGGCACCUAUUUCUCCCAAGAGUGACAUCUCUGUUAGUGCUAAGAGUGAUGUUAGUUCUAAGAAGGAAGACUUAUUUGCCAUUGAUGUAUCAAAGAAACCAACAGAAGAGGCACCUAUUUCUCCCAAGAGUGACAUCUCUGUCAGUGCUAAGAGUGAUGUUAGUUCUAAGAAGGAAGACAUAUUUGUUAUUGAUGUAUCAAAGAAACCAACAGAAGAGGCGCCUAUUUCUCCCAAGAGUGACAUCUCUGUCAGUGCUAAGAGUGAUGUUAGUUCUAAGAAGGAAGACAUAUUUGCCAUUGAUGUAUCAAAGAAACCAACAGAAGAGGCACCUAUUUCUCCUAAGAGUGACAUCUCUGUCAGUGCUAAGAGUGAUGUUAGUUCUAAGAAGGAAGACUUAUUUGCCAUUGACGUAUCAAAGAAACCAACAGAAGAGGCACCUAUUUCUCCCAAGAGUGACAUCUCUGUCAGUGCUAAGAGUGAUGUUAGUUCUAAGAAGGAAGAUAUAUUUGGUAUUGACGUAUCAAAGAAACCAACAGAAGAAGCUCCUAUUUCUCCCACGAGUGACAUCUCUGUUAGUGCUAAGAGUGAUGUUAGUUCUAAGAAGGAAGAUAUAUUUGGUAUUGACGUAUCAAAGAAACCAACAGAAGAGGCACCUAUUUCUCCUAAGAGUGACAUCUCUGUCAGUGCUAAGAGUGAUGUUAGUUCUAAGAAGGAAGAUAUAUUUGGUAUUGAUGUAUCAAAGAAACCAACAGAAGAAGCACCUAUUUCUCCCAAGAGUGACAUCUCUGUUAGUGCUAAGAGUGAUGUUAGUUCUAAGAAGGAAGAUAUUCUAGACAUUGACGUAUCAAAGAAACCAACAGAAGAAGCACCUAUUUCUCCUAAGAGUGACAUCUCUGUCAGUGCUAAGAGUGAUGUUAGUUCUAAGAAAGAAGACAUAUUUGGUAUUGAUGUAUCAAAGAAACCAACAAAGAAGGAAGAUAUAUUUGGUAUUGAUGUAUCAAAGAAACCAACAGAAGAAGCACCUAUUUCUCCCAAGAGUGACAUCUCUGUUAGUGCUAAGAGUGAUGUUAGUUCUAAGAAGGAAGUUAUUCUAGACAUUGACGUAUCAAAGAAACCAACAGAAGAAGCACCUAUUUCUCCUAAGAGUGACAUCUCUGUCAGUGCUAAGAGUGAUGUUAGUUCUAAGAAAGAAGACAUAUUUGGUAUUGAUGUAUCAAAGAAACCAACAGACGAAGCACCUCUUUCUCCCAAGAGUGACAUCUCUGUUAGUGCUAAGAGUGAUGUUAGUUCUAAGAAAGAAGACAUAUUUGGUAUUGACGUAUCAAAGAAACCAACAGAAGAGGCACCUAUUUCUCCCAAGAGUGACAUCUCUGUUAGUGCUAAGAGUGAUGUUAGUUCUAAGAAAGAAGACAUAUUUGGUAUUGAUGUAUCAAAGAAACCAACAGAAGAAGCGCCUCUUUCUCCCAAGAGUGACAUCUCUGUCAGUGCUAAGAGUGAUGUUAGUUCUAAGAAAGAAGACAUAUUUGGUAUUGAUGUAUCAAAGAAACCAACAGACGAAGCACCUAUUUCUCCCAAGAGUGACAUCUCUGUUAGUGCUAAGAGUGAUGUUACUUCUAAGAAAGAAGACAUAUUUGGUAUUGACGUAUCAAAGAAACCAACAGAAGAGGCACCUAUUUCUCCUAAGAGUGACAUCUCUGUCAGUGCUAGGAGUGAUGUUAGUUCUAAGAAGGAAGAUAUAUUUGGUAUUGACUUAUCAAAGAAACCAACAGAAGAAGCUCCUAUUUCUCCCACGAGUGACAUCUCUGUUAGUGCUAAGAGUGAUGUUAGUUCUAAGAAAGAAGACAUAUUUGGUAUUGAUGUAUCUAAGAAACCAACAGAAGAGGCACCUAUUUCUCCUAAGAGUGACAUCUCUGUCAGUGCUAAGAGUGAUGUUAGUUCUAAGAAAGAAGACAUAUUUGGUAUUGACGUAUCAAAGAAACCAAUAGAAGAGGCACCUAUUUCUCCCAAGAGUGACAUCUCUGUCAGUGCUAAGAGUGAUGUUAGUUCUAAGAAGGAAGACUUAUUUGCCAUUGAUGUAUCAAAGAAACCAACAGAAGAGGCACCUAUUUCUCCCAAGAGUGACAUCUCUGUCAGUGCUAAGAGUGAUGUUAGUUCUAAGAAGGAAGAUAUAUUUGUUAUUGAUGUAUCAAAGAAACCAAUAGAAGAGGCACCUAUUUCUCCCAAGAGUGACAUCAGUAUCAGUGCUAAGAGUGAUGUUAGUUCUAAGAAGGAAGAUAUAUUUGGUAUUGAUGUAUCAAAGAAACCAACAGAAGAGGCGCCUAUUUCUCCUAAGAGUGACAUCUCUGUUAGUGCUAAGAGUGAUGUUAGUUCUAAGAAGGAAGAUAUUCUAGAUAUUGAUGUAUCAAAGAAACCAACAGAAGAAGCGCCUAUUUCUCCUAAGAGUGACAUCUCUGUCAGUGCUAAGAGUGAUGUUAGUUCUAAAAAGGAAGACAUAUUUGGUAUUGAUGUAUCAAAGAAACCAACAGAAGAGGCGCCUAUUUCUCCUAAGAGUGACAUCUCUGUUAGUGCUAAGAGUGAUGUUAGUUCUAAAAAGGAAGAUAUUAUAGAUAUUGAUGUAUCUAAGAAAUCGACAGAAGAGGCACCUAUUUCUCCUAAGAGUGACAUCUCUGUCAGUGCUAAGAGUGAUGUUAGUUCUAAAAAGGAAGAUAUUAUAGAUAUUGAUGUAUCAAAGAAACCAACAGAAGAAGCUCCUAUUUCUCCCACGAGUGACAUCUCUGUUAGUGCUAAGAGUGAUGUUAGUUCUAAGAAGGAAGAUAUAUUUGCUAUUGACUUAUCAAAGAAACCAACAGAAGAGGCACCUAUUUCUCCAACGAGUGACAUCUCUGUCAGUGCUAAGAGUGAUGUUAGUUCUAAAAAGGAAGACAUAUUUGGUAUAGAUGUAUCAAAGAAACCAACAGAAGAGGCACCUAUUUCUCCCAAGAGUGACAUCAGUAUUAGUGCUAAGAGUGAUGUUAGUUCUAAGAAGGAAGAUAGUCUAGAUAUUGAUGUAUCUAAGAAACCAACAGAAGAAGCACCUAUUUCUCCCAAGAGUGACAUAUCUGUUAGUGCUAAGAGUGAUGUUAGUUCUAAGAAAGAAGACAUAUUUGGUAUUGAUGUAUCAAGGAAACCAACAGAAGAAGCUCCUAUUUCUCCUAAGAGUGACAUCAGUAUCAGUGCUAAGAGUGAUGUUAGUUCUAAGAAGGAAGAUAUUCUAGAUAUUGAUGUAUCUAAGAAACCAACAGAAGAGGCACCUAUUUCUCCUAAGAGUGACAUCUCUGUUAGUGCUAAGAGUGAUGUUAGUUCUAAGAAAGAAGACAUAUUUGGUAUUGACGUAUCAAAGAAACCAACAGAAGAGGCACCUAUUUCUCCCAAGAGUGACAUCUCUGUCAGUGCUAAGAGUGAUGUUAGUUCUAAGAAGGAAGAUAUUCUAGAUAUUGAUGUAUCUAAGAAACCAACAGAAGAGGCACCUAUUUCUCCUAAGAGUGACAUCUCUGUUAGUGCUAAGAGUGAUGUUAGUUCUAAGAAAGAAGACAUAUUUGGUAUUGACGUAUCAAAGAAACCAACAGAAGAGGCACCUAUUUCUCCCAAGAGUGACAUCUCUGUCAGUGCUAGGAGUGAUGUUAGUUCUAAGAAGGAAGACAUAUUUGGUAUUGACGUAUCAAAGAAACCAACAGAAGAAGCACCUAUUUCUCCUAAGAGUGACAUCUCUGUCAGUGCUAAGAGUGAUGUUAGUUCUAAGAAGGAAGAUAUUCUAGAUAUUGAUGUAUCUAAGAAACCAACAGAAGAGGCACCUAUUUCUCCUAAGAGUGACAUCUCUGUCAGUGCUAAGAGUGAUGUUAGUUUUAAGAAGGAAGACUUAUUUGCCAUUGAUGUAUCAAAGAAACCAAAAGAAGAGGCACCUAUUUCUCCCAAGAGUGAUAUCUCUGUUAGUGCUAAGAGUGAUGUUAGUUCUAAGAAGGAAGACAUAUUUGGUAUUGACGUAUCAAAGAAACCAACAGAAGAGGCACCUAUUUCUCCCAAGAGUGACAUCUCUGUCAGUGCUAAGAGUGAUGUUAGUUCUAAGAAGGAAGAUAUAUUUGCCAUUGACGUAUCAAAGAAACCAACAGAAGAAGCACCUAUUUCUCCAAAGAGUGACAUCUCUGUUAGUGCUAAGAGUGAUGUUAGUUCUAAGAAGGAAGACUUAUUUGCCAUUGAUGUAUCAAAGAAACCAACAGAAGAGGCACCUAUUUCUCCUAAGAGUGACAUCUCUGUCAGUGCUAAGAGUGAUGUUAGUUCUAAGAAGGAAGACAUAUUUGGUAUUGACGUAUCAAAGAAACCAACAGAAGAGGCACCUAUUUCUCCCAAGAGUGACAUCUCUGUUAGUGCUAAGAGUGAUGUUAGUUCUAAGAAGGAAGAUAUUCUAGACAUUGACGUAUCAAAGAAACCAACAGAAGAGGCACCUAUUUCUCCUAAGAGUGACAUCUCUGUCAGUGCUAAGAGUGAUGUUAGUUCUAAGAAGGAUGACAUAUUUGGUUUUGAUGUAUCAAAGAAACCAACAGAAGAGGCGCCUAUUUCUCCCAAGAGUGACAUCUCUGUUAGUGCUAAGAGUGAUGUUAGUUCUAAAAAGGAAGAUAUUAUAGAUAUUGAUGUAUCAAAGAAACCAACAGAAGAGGCACCUAUUUCUCCUAAGAGUGACAUCUCUGUUAGUGCUAAGAGUGAUGUUAGUUCUAAAAAGGAAGAUAUUAUAGAUAUUGAUGUAUCAAAGAAACCAACAGAAGAAGCGCCUAUUUCUCCCAAGAGUGACGUCUCUGUCAGUGCUAAGAGUGAUGUUAGUUCUAAGAAGGAAGACAUAUUUGCCAUUGAUGUAUCAAAGAAACCAACAGAAGAGGCACCUAUUUCUCCCAAGAGUGACAUCUCUGUCAGUGCUAAGAGUGAUGUUAGUUCUAAGAAGGAAGACAUAUUUGGUUUUGAUGUAUCAAAGAAACCAACAGAAGAGGCGCCUAUUUCUCUUAAGAGUGACAUCUCUGUUAGUGCUAAGAGUGAUGUUAGUUCUAAGAAAGAAGACAUAUUUGGUAUUGACGUAUCAAAGAAACCAACAGAAGAGGCACCUAUUUCUCCCAAGAGUGACAUCUCUGUUAGUGCUAAGAGUGAUGUUAGUUCUAAGAAAGAAGACUUAUUUGCCAUUGAUGUAUCAAAGAAACCAACAGAAGAAGCGCCUAUUUCUCCCAAGAGUGACAUCUCUGUUAGUGCUAAGAGUGAUGUUAGUUCUAAGAAGGAAGAUAUUCUAGAUAUUGAUGUAUCUAAGAAACCAACAGAAGAGACACCUAUUUCUCCUAAGAGUGACAUCUCUGUUAGUGCUAAGAGUGAUGUUAGUUCUAGGAAGGAAGACACUGUAUGUACUGAUUUUAGUUUCAAGAAAGAAGCUUUAGAUAUUGAUGUAUCUAAGAAAACAAUUGAGGAAGCUCUACAUUCUCCAAAAAGUGACAUUUCUGUUAGCACAAAGAGUGAUGUAUCUAGAAAGGAAGAUGCACUGGAUAUUGAUGUCAUGAAGAAAUCAUUUGAUGAAACUGCAAGUGUUAAGAGUGACAUAAGCUCUAAGAAAGAAAACAUAAUCAAGUCAAAGGAUGAAGCUCCAGUGUCACCAAAGAGCGAUGUUUCCAUCAGUGCUAAGAGUGAUUUCAGCUCUUCAAGUGCAAAGGAGGAAGUGGGUCUUUUGAUGAUUGAUACUACUAAAAAGCCUCUUGAUGCUGCACCAGAAUCUCCAAAGAGUGACAUAUCUGUGAGUGAGAAGAGUGAUACUAGUUCUAAAGCUGGUAAAGAGAGCAUUACAAAGAGUAUCACAGAAGAUAUGCCACUGUCGUCAAAGAGUGAUAUUUCUGUCAGUGCAAAAAGUGAUACAAGUUCAAUGGCUGGGAAAUUAGAACCAUUGACAGUUGAAGUUUCAAAGGUAUCUACUGAACAGAAAUUAUUAUCUAGUGAUAAAUCAGAAAGUCUUAAGAGCGAUAGGAGCUUUAAGGAUGAGCCAAAGAAAGGUGAAAUUCCAGUUUCCCCAAAAAGUGACAUAUCACUAAGCCUAAAAAGUGAUGUUAUUCCCGAAGACGUACUACAUAAACCCAUGGAUGGAGCACCUAUAUCCCCUAAGAGUGACACUUCACUUAGUGCUAAGAGUGAUGUGAGCUCUAAGGAUGUUUCCAAGAAGUCAACUGACAAAGUGCCACUUUCUCCAAAGAGCGAUGCCAGUCUUAAGAGUGACAUUGAUAAAUCUGGCAUGCUCACUAUAAAAGAAAAAGUUAAAUCAGCAGGAAUGCCUUCAGAAAGUGUCAAAGUGACACAGCCUUAUUUAGAUUCAGGUGUAAGUGAAGAGCCAGUAUAUGCUAUGCUGAAAGCAGAACGUGCAGAAAUUGUAACUGUUUCUCCAGACACCACACCAGGAUCGACACCACUGUCACCAACCUCACGUGAGGUCGGUGCACCUUUCCCUGUUACAUCCAGCUUUACUACAACUACAGUUCAAAGAGAAAAGUCGGAUGUUAUGACUUCCUCAAUUUAUGAAGAAACAACUGCUACAUUUACAGAGGAUAUGACUGAUUCAAUGGCUACAUCUAUGCAUGGAGGUUUUGACAUUAUGACUUCCUCUAUGUAUGAGCCCAGUGAAGAUCUCAUGUCUUCAUCCAUGUAUGGAGAAGACUUUAUUACACAUGGUGUGCUUGAUGAGGACACUAAAUAUACAUUACAAGAAUCUACUGUGGCCUUAACCAAAACUGACAAGCCUGGAGACAUGAUGUCAGCUUCAAUGUAUGGCACCCUUGCGGGAGAUGACCUUCAGAAGUCCACAGAUGAAACUCUCCCAAGUGUCUCACGCAGUAAGACACAGCUGGAUGAUCAAAAGUCUACACCUUACACUGAGUCUCCUCGUAGUGAUCUUUCCUCUGAUGCACAUCAUAUGCCUUCAAUGUCACCACGUAGUGAUGGGUAUGAAGCUGAAUUAAGUGGUCAGUUUGAGGGCCGUGAUGAAGAUCAGCCUCCAGCUUCUCCACGUUCAGACAUCUCAUCCAUAUCAGACAUUGUACGACGAGAACAAAAGCAUCCUGUGACUGAAAAGUCAAUGAUGGAGACCAGCAUGGUUGUGAUGGAUAGUGGUCGGUCUAUGUCCCCAAAGAGUGACACCACCGUAAGUGAUAUAGCAGCAAAGGAUGGUUUAGACUCAUUAGAUUCCUUUAGACUACAACCUGUCCUUGACACAGAUAGAGAGGCAGAUGAAGGAAAGCCCCUUUCUCCUCGCAGUGAUACUUCUGGCAAGAGUGAAGCUUCUGGAAAGGAUUCUGCUUAUGAUGACAGGGACAAAUUAUCUAGUCUGGAAAGCCAGACCCUGCCAUCUAUUACAAGUGAUGAAAAAAUUGAACAGACAUCUGUUGUAGAGAAGCGUGUAGGUCUACAAGAAACUCUAUCUUCAGCAAAAACAAUGCUCAUAAGUGAAGUUUCAACUACAGAUAAAUUCCAAAAAGUUUCUGAAUCUGUUUCUGAAAGCACAAAGAGUGAUAGCACUACAGUAUUUUCGACUAUCCAUAGGUCGACUACCGAAGUCAGUAGCAAAGAUAGCACAAAAGUUAUGGUAGACAAAUCAGAUGUGUCCAAAAGCACAAAGUCAGAAACAUUAACAGAUGUUGCAUUUCUGAAGACUAAAAUAGGCAUGGAAGAUGAAACAUCUGUUAGUUAUAAGGGAGAAGCAACAUACUCAGAAACUCAAGAAGCCAUAAUGGUAUCUCCAAAGAGUGAUGCUUCUGCAAGCUCAAAGAGUGAUGUAACAUCUGUAGAUGCAAAGGACCUGCCAAAGGAUCCAUCAUACCUUGGGGAACAACCUAAAGUAACAACAGGAUCAUCUGAAAGUGACAUAUCUGAAGGCAUAUUUAAAGAAGAAAUCAGUGAGACUGUUAAAUCAUUUACAGAGGCGUUUGGAGUCAGUGAAGUGGUUCAGGGAAUCAAAACAGCUGUGACCACAAGUAAGACUUCCUUCCAAGAUUUCAAGGAACCUGCUUCUCCACCUCCGUCACCAGUAAAAUCCAUAGGUAAACCUGAUUUUCCUGUUUCGUCAAGCACAUCUUCCCUCCAAGAAAGCGAAUCUUCAGUCUUUGGUAAAGCUGAAUCAGUUACCAAAGAUGAAAUCAAGAGUAGAGAUACAACCUUUACUUCAGCUGUAACAGCAGAAGAAUCUUCUACAACCAGUUCUCUCACACGAACAUUCAUAUCAUCAGCACAUGACUCAUCUAUAUCAACCUCUACCACUACAACAUCAGCAUCUAAACUUGCAUUUACUGAUGCUGAUGACAAAAAACUAUCUGAUCUUCCUGUAUCUAAGCCAGUCAAAGGAGAUGACAGAAGACCAUCAUCUGAUAAGUCUUCGCCACCUCCUCCACCCUCCUCUUCCUUCUCCUCCUCCAGUGGUGUUGAGGGUAUUGUGAAAGAGGUUAAAGAAAGUAAAGACCAUAUCGAAACAACUUCAGCUAUUAUUGCAGAAAAGCUCAUGGCUGAAGUUGAAGAGAUCACUUCAAGCAAGACACAAACUUCAACCUCCGAGCAAGUGUCAACCGAAGAGUACAAGUCUGUCACUGCCAUUACUGAUAAGUCUAGUUCUGUUAAGGAAACAUUAUCCUCUGUAGUAUCUUCACAGGCGACUCAUAUUAAGGAUAGUCAGGAAUUUAGUAGCACCAGCCACUUUAUGAAGGAACACACUGAAGAGACUAAAGACCAAAAGGAAAUAUCACAAAAGUACUUCACAACUGAAAGGCCUAAAAUUGAUACUGAAGCAAUUAUUAUGCAAUGCAUAGUUAGUGAUGAACCUGUAAAAACGGUGAGAACUUAUGAUCACCCAUCAGUUUCUGAAACCGUUUCCACAAAGACAAUAAUAGGGCAAACGGUUGUCAGUGGUGAACCUACAGAAACAGUAGAAACUAUUGAUGAGCCUUCAGAUUCCAUGACAAAAAGAAUUGUUAGAACUGUUGUUCCAGGUGAGCCCACUGAAUACAUAGAGACUUACGAAGACCCUACUGAUUCUGAAACAUUAACAAGGAGAAUUGUAAGGCGAGUGAUUGUCCACGAAGGAGAGCCAGUAGAGACAGUGGAGUCCUUUGAAGAACCAGAUUCUGACACAGUAACUACAAAGAAAAUCAUAAAAACUAUUGUUGGUAAAGAUGAACCAAGUGAAACAGAAGAGAUACACGAUGAACCAACUGAUUCCAAGACUGUAACAACGAGGAGAAUUGUAAAACGAACUAUCAUUAGUGCAGGUGAACCCACAGAAUCAGUAGAAACUGUAGAAGAGCCAUCUGAGACCACUACAAAAAGGACAGUUAUUAGAAGAACCAUUGUCAGUGGUGGUGAACCAGUAGAAACUAUAGAAACUGUAGAACCUUCAGAAUCUGAGUCUGUUACUGGAACCACUGUAAAGCGAACUAUCAUCAGUGGAAGUGAACCUUCCGAGACAGUGGAGACUUUUGAAGAACCAUCAGAAUCAGGUACUGUUACUAAGAGAACAAUUAUCAGGAGAACCAUUGUCAGCAGUGGGGAACCAGGUGAAACUGUAGAGACUGUAGAAGAACCUUCAGAAUCUGAAUCUGUUACCAGAACCACUGUGAAGCGAACCAUCAUCAGUGGGAGUGAACCCUCUGAGACAGUUGAGACUGUGGAAGAACCAUCAGAAUCAGGUACUGUUACUAAGAGAACUAUUAUCAGGAGAACCAUUGUCAGCGGUGGCGAACCAGUAGAAACUGUAGAGACUGUAGAAGAACCUUCAGAAUCUGAAUCUGUUACCAGAACCACUGUGAAGCGAACCAUCAUCAGUGGGAGUGAACCCUCUGAGACAGUUGAGACUGUGGAAGAACCAUCAGAAUCAGGUACUGUUACUAAGAGAACUAUUAUCAGGAGAACCAUUGUCAGCGGUGGCGAACCAGUAGAAACUGUAGAGACUGUAGAAGAACCUUCAGAAUCUGAAUCUGUUACCAGAACCACUGUGAAGCGAACCAUCAUCAGUGGGAGUGAACCCUCUGAGACAGUUGAGACUGUGGAAGAACCAUCAGAAUCAGGUACUGUUACUAAGAGAACUAUUAUCAGGAGAACCAUUGUCAGCGGUGGCGAACCAGUAGAAACUGUAGAGACUGUAGAAGAACCUUCAGAAUCUGAAUCUGUUACCAGAACCACUGUGAAGCGAACCAUCAUCAGUGGGAGUGAACCCUCUGAGACAGUUGAGACUGUGGAAGAACCAUCAGAAUCAGGUACUGUUACUAAGAGAACUAUUAUCAGGAGAACCAUUGUCAGCGGUGGGGAACCAGGUGAAACUGUAGAGACUGUAGAAGAACCUUCAGAAUCUGAAUCUGUUACCAGAACCACUGUAAAGCGAACCAUCAUCAGUGGAAGUGAACCCUCUGAGACAGUUGAGACUGUAGAAGAACCGUCAGAAUCAGGUACUGUUACCAAGAGAACAGUCAUAAGGAGAACAAUUGUUGGCAGUGGUGAACCGACAGAAACUGUUGAAGAAUCACCACAGUAUGAUACAGUAUCAACACGAAAAAUAAUAAAACGAACAAUUAUUAGUGGAGGGGAACCAACAGAAACUGUAGAGACUGUUGAAGAACCUUUGGAAUCUGAUGCUGUAACACGAACAACCAUUAGGCGAACUAUUAUAGCUGGAGGUGAACCCACUGAAACUGUUGAAACAGUAGGAGCAGAUUCUGGGACUGUAACAAAGACAUUUAUUAAACGAACCAUCGUCACUGGAAGUGAACCUACAGAGACAGUAGAAACUAUUCAGGAGACUUCAGAUUCUGCACCUUCAGUUGUGAGAAAAACAACUAUUACAAGUGGUGAUGAAAAGACAGAGACAACAGAAACAGUGCAGAGACCCAGUGGCGAUAAGUCUGGAUCAUCUGUAAUGAGAACCAUUGAAGGAAAGGAACCAUCAGGUCUGGGAAUGGGUGAACUGCCUUCAGAGAGCAGAAUCAUCAGUACACUAAAGGAGUCGUCAAUUAGUUCUCUGGAGUCAUCAGAUAGUUUUGAAAUGAAAUCUGAAUCAACAAAAUCUACAUCAGAAACGAGUGAAAGUAAGAAGACAUUCAGUUCAGAAGAAUCUGUGAAAACUUCAUCUAGCAGUAAGUUCAGUUCUGACAUUUCAAAAUCCAGCUCUGAGACUACCCAUGAGGAUAUUAGAAGUUCAAGAGAAUCUGUCUCAACAAGUGAAGAGAGCACAAUGCAUGAGGGACAGAGAAUUAGUUCCAUUAGAAAGUCUUCAACAAGCAGCACAGAGGGUGCUCCAGGUAGCCCAAGGACUGGACGUGUAGUAGUAAGGAAAGUCACAACAGUGAUCACAAAAUACUAUGAAGAUGGGGAAGAAGUUCAGACAGAGGAAAUGCCUGGUGGAGAAGUUGUUGAAGUUCUUGGUGAUCAACAAAUUUCAGAAGACAUUAUGCGUAAAAUUUCAGGUUCCUCAUCACCAUCUCCAAUUACCCGCAGGAAACAUUCCAGUGGAGUACCUGGGUCAUCAAUGACCUACACCACUUCACACUCACUCUCUGGUCCUUGGACAAGUGACGAAUCUCUCAGUGGUGAUCCAACUGUUAUUACACGUACUACUCGCACUGUAACAACUGAUAGUGACACUGAUGCCUCUGAGGGUGUGAUGGCUAGCACAGUCACCACAGUCACUCGACGAAUGAUAGGUGAUGAUGUAUCUGACAAAGAAGAACGACCUCAAUCUGCUAGCAGUGAUGCAAGUAGUAGGGAAGCUUUUAUGUCAUCACUCAAAGAAACACGGUCUGAGGCAAGAGAUGCAGUUAGUAAAGUUUCUACUAGUCAGCACCCAUCUGCAGCAUAUACUACACACUACGGUGCUACAGGUUUGCAGUACCAAGAAGAAUAUGAUGAUGAGCCUGUGUAUGAGUACCAUCCUCCUUCUGGAGCCCACAUGGAUCAGUUCAUGUAUGGUGAGCAAGCUGGAGACUAUGACAAUGGAAAUCUUCCAUCUCGAGCUAUGGAGCCAUCUAUGACCGAGAGUGAGGAUAAGCUUAACAGAAACCAGGCAUGGAAAACUUCCAAAAUAAGCAAAGAAGAGGGAUCAACCACUUCUACAACUGUAACUACCACAACAUCUGCAUCAAAAGACAGUGAUGUAGCACGAGAUGCCAAAGAUACCUUGCAGAAGUGGGGUAAGCCUCUCGGCCUGCCAUCACCAGUGCCUGCACCAGCACCACUUCAGCCCUCAGAUAACCCAAGUACACACACCCCACGCAGAGAGCGCAAAACAAGCAGGAAGUCGAAGAGAACAGUUGCACCAGUUUAUCUGGACUUGGCGUAUGUGCCUCAUGCUGCUAACCCCAAUUACUCCAAUGUUGAUUUCUUCAGGAGAGUGAGAGCGCGAUAUUACGUCUUCUCAGGCAUCGACCCUGGCAGGGAGGUGCUUGAUGCCCUCCUCCAGGCCAAGAUGGAAUGGGAAGAUAAAGAAUUGGAGGUAACGAUCAUUCCCACCUAUGACACUGACGCUCUGGGCUACUGGGUGGCUGCCAAUGAAGACGCACUCAUCGCCAACAAAAUUGACCUCGCCCCAUCAGCUUCACGUUGUACUAUCAACUUGCAAGAUCAUGAGACGAGCUGCAACGCCUAUCGUCUUGAGUUCUGAGCAACUUGAGACAACCCCUCUUCGCCUGUGUUCGACCACCAUAUACAUCCAUGCCCGACUUGUGCUUUGGGGUGUUGUGCUCUGGGCACUCGACAACCCCUUCCCCGCUGCCUUCCACAAGAAUUUGAGCUCUUACUAAGCCGUCUGUGUCCUCAAAUCCUAGUGAUUAGUGCUGACUAGGCCAUCCACAGUAUUUUCGUUGAAUGACCAUUUCACACAAGCGUGAAAUCAAGUUUUUUGUUCUACAAAUUGUAAUACCUUUGUCUUUCGAGACGGGUGUCAUAACAAGGUUCGUGAUAAUGAAUUUUGAUUUAUUGGAAAAAAAAGGCCGGUAUUUCACUGGAUUUACCAAAAAAGUGAAUGUUCUGCUAUUAGUAGUAGCAUAAUCAGUCACUCACCAUAGAUGGUUCCAUGUCUCCACUGUGUAUAAACAGAUUAAAUAUAUAUUCAGUAUAAUGACGAAACAGAUAAUGACCUCUUAUGAACCCGAAUUCUACAUUUAUCAAAAGGCACAUAGAAACUGUGCCGAGAAUUACACCAAUUGUGAAUUGUUCUGUUAAGUGACACCAAGAAUGAACACUCCUGUGACCGAAUAGGGCUAAGCAAUAUGCAUUUUACUGUAAAUCGAUAAAUAGGAUUAUACACUUAUUCAGCGUGAUAUCUACUGCAGUCUCUAGGUAGGCCAUGAUGCAGACAUGGCUAAGAAACAGAUUGCUCAUUUUGUAAAAUAAAGCGUUAUGAAACUGUUCUUGACAGUGAUAAGCUAUAUAGAGUUUAAGGCAUAUAUAAAAAAAAAAAAGAGUUAAAAAUGUCUUUGUUAUGAUAUGAUAAGAUGUAUACUAGUAGUUUAUAAUCAGCCGGUUGAUGAGAGCUAGGCCUAUUUUUCUUGAGCGGGGCUGAGAAGUUACAAUAUUCUUUAUCUUCCAGAAGGUGAAUGUUUGGGAAUACAGGGAGAAUGAGUGAGAAAUUAUGACUUUUAUCUCUGGAACAACAGUCUCUAACGUCCACAGAAGCAGCUUAGUACAUACUAAUUAUGACACAUUAUUAUGAUUAUUUUCGAUAAUAUGGUACUCAUGUUUUGAUGAUAUGCUGGAGUCCAUGUUAUGAGUCGCUGAGAAAGAGUCUUGACUUGACUGUGUUAGCCACGAAUAUACUCCUAUACAGACUAUGUACUCAUUGCUUUUUCCGUAUGUGCUAAAUAGUAUACGUGUUACUGGAGUGGUAUGAAUGUCUUUUUGUGAUUUCCAGUGUAUUGCUUAAUAUGCCUUGCUAUUAGUAACUUUUCAACUUAUUUUUACUUUUGAGCAAGUCGUUUCUUUUUAAAAGAUUUAUGAGCAUUCCAUAAUCAGUCCAAAACAAGAAAUAAAACAGGAAUGAUAUAAGAAAAGUGUGAAGUGAUGCACCUUCAAGGACAGAUUAAGCUGAUGGACCUUUAUUAUAUUGGUGCUACAACAGAUGGACUUGCAAGUCACAAGUUUCAUGCACGAGCCGUUAUGAGGUGCUGGAAGCCAUGGGGGUGGCUCCACUGCCCAGGAUUACGUGCAUGUGACAGACAAGCAAUUUGGUAUGAAAAUGGUGAGGAAAAAGUGCUGAAAAUGUUGAAAAAAGGUAAUAUGCCUUUCAAAGUGCAGCAGCUUCUGUAGGUCAAAUUGGUCACUGACACUAGUUUCCGAAGACAUUACCAAGGGCUUGGAUACUGCUUUCCUGCGUGGAAGCUCCUUCUAAUGACCAAAUAGUCAUGGUCAACUGCCAGUAAUGCCUAUUCGUGAGGAGUGAUAUCUAUUUAAGACAGAUUUCUAAGAUAAACGACAACGUUCCGUGGUGGUGUCUUCAGAGACAUAGUACACGCCUAUCACGUCCUCUUCAUCAGGGUAUGAAGAGGCCUACAUCCAUGCACCACAGGCCAAGUUAGAUUACUGUGAUUAAAAAUCUCACCGAAGUCUUGCCAUGGGAGUUUCUCGCCAGAGGCUCAGUUCCUGUGUUAUCCACGAGCAUUGAAGAGAGAACCACUUACCAUCAAAUUAACACAGGGACUGUUCUCUAGGGGUCACUCGCCUGGCCAGGACGUGUGAGAAAGUGUCCUGUGGGGCCUGGAACUGUGUGACCAGAAGAGUUGUAAGGUUCAUAUGUUUCAUGUGAUGGCUUUAGGUGCUUAUUGGCAAAACCAGAGAGCUUCAUGCCCCUUAGCUUAUUUAUUGCAAAAUUUAGGACCUUGAUGGUUCUUUAUCAGGUUGAGUUGCCACCUUAAGAAUAAAAAAAUUAAACCCAAAAUAUUGUAUCCCCUUUCCUUUAUGUACAGGAAGACUUGGAUGAAAAACUUUAAAGUUUUGACUAAGUGAAAGUGAUUUUUCAGAGAAAAUGUCUGUGAGUGAAAAGGUUAGUGCAACUGGAUUUUUUUAUUUAUUUAUUCUCCAACACUGUGCCCUAUAGAAGUUCAUGAGUGCCUGACACUCUGAAAUUUAUUCUUUUUAAAGGUUGAAUGACAUGUGAUAUGAUAAUCAUAUUUAUAAGCUAAUAGAGUGGUGGCGGCGCUACAGAAAAUAAUAAAAAAUAUAUAAAUAUAUAAACAAGCGAAAGAGGAUAUUAAACAUGAAUAACUAAACUGUACAGUGGCUUUUAGGCAUUUCUGUCACAACCAUUGCUCUUGCAUCAUGGCAGUUUAGAUUGUUUUACCCUACUUUUCGAUUUUUUUCAAUUUUCUUUUUUAACCACGAAAUCAAGAGCUCCCUGAAGACCCCAGAAUGCGAAAUAUUCCGACCAUGUCCUUUUUCGUCGCUGUGGAGGCACUCGUUUCAUUUUUUGCAUCACUUGGUAUUUUGGCCACUGACUUUUUAAACAUGCUGACGAUUCAGGGUCUUCAGCACAGCUCUUACAUAAACCUGAUUUCAUGGACUCAUCAUGUUAUAUCCAGCCUGUGCACUUUGUCGUGUGUUUGAAUUAUAAAAGAUGAUGAAAAUAUAAAAAAGGAAGAUAUUUACAGUAUAUUACAAUGGCGGGAUUUGCGAAUGAUAACUACGAAAAUGAAUGAAAGAAAAAAUAAAUCUCGCCAGUGUUCACCUUCUCUGAUGAUAACAAGAUGGGAUUGAACCCUGUUUGACUUUGUCAAUGGAGUUAUAAUCGCCGAUGUCGUCCUUAUUAAAGGUCAUGUAGUUUAUUGCUUAUGCUUCUCGCUCCAUGUCCCGUUACCUCUAGUCAAAAAAUUAUUUAAAAAAUGAUUAAAAAAAUACUAGAAGUCUAGGAAUUUAUGAACUCUGCUGACACCUAUAAAGUGACUUGUUUAGCUAUUUUGAGUCUUGUGUAGUUUUUUCAUUAUGGUUCAUUUUCACUAUGUUGAGUAUAGGAAAAUAAACCCUAUUGAGUCUCCUUUUUGAGAUCAUAAUUGCUGGCCUUGUCACUAAUAUUACGCAUAUGUAUGGGAUAUCCUGUGACAUUAAAAGUAGAAUAAAAGUACAA